AUGAAAGCUCGAAAUAGGCUUAAUGAAUGGUCUCCUCCCCCAAAAGGUGCACUGAAAUUCAACGUGGACGGGUCUGCCUUAGGAGCUCCAGGAAGGAGCGGUGUGGGUGGUAUUUUGAGGAAUGCAAGAAGGCAAACCUUGGGUGUUUUCUCAAAAGCUUUGGGUGAGUUGUGGGCAUAUGAAGCGGAGGUGAAAGCCAUUCUCCAAGCCUUGAUCUUUUGCCGAGAACACCAGCUCCAACACAUUCUAAUUGAAAGCGACUCUACCCUCGCGGUGGGAUGGAUUUCCUCACAAGAAGUUCUUGUACGAUAUGCUGGGUUUGGCAAGGUGGAGGAUGAGUGGGUGAAUGUGAAAAACGAGAUGCGAGAAAGAUCUAUCCCAUUGGAACCUUCCAAGUGUCACAAGGUGAAGGAUGGAGAUUUUGUACUAUGUUUCCUGGAAAAGGGUGAUUAUACCCUCUACUUUGAUGCUCGUGUAGUAAGAAUCCAGAGGAGGCUACAUGAUGCGACAGCUUGCAAGUGCAUCUUCAUUGUUCGAUUUAUCCAUGACAACUCUGAGGAAGAAAUUCAUUGGAAGGGGGUAUGCUAUAGGCCUACACAAAACAAAUCUACACAAGAGGAAUGUGUUGUCUGUCCUAGCUCCCCAAAACCUACACAAGAGGAAUCUACUGUCCGCCAUAACUCCUCGGGACCUACCAUAGAACCCAGCCUAAGUGACAUAGAGAACUUGUGGCCAUGA